UCAAUUCAGAUGCUGAGUCACAUAUGAAAGCGUUUAGAGCAGAAUGGUCACCGUAACUUGGACAAAUAUUAUACACGUUAUAUAGCAUAAGGUUUUGGGUUGUAUUUUCAUUUGUAAAAAGGAAAAUAAAGAAGAAACAGACACUGGAGCUGACCCAUCCCAGAAGAUCACCUCAGAGAAGACUUACAGGGCACAAAAUCAUAUAAGAUGAAGAUUCUUCUGUGUUUCUUCAUGUCAGUACAUGUGAUCACUGCUAACUCAAAUGGAUUAACAUUAAAAGGUUGCUUUAGUCCUCUGGUUGUUCCUCUGGGAGGUUCAGUGGUUCUUCCCUGUUCUGUUGAUUCACUCUUACCACUGGAGGAUCUGGAGGUGGAUUGGAAAAGACUGGACACACAGACUCUCAUUCAUCUGUAUCAAGAUGAAGAUAUCAGACCAGAGGCUCAACAUCAGGAUUAUCAUGAUAGAGCUCAUUUCUUCACUGAAGACAUUAAACAUGGAAACUUCUCCCUCCUGUUGAACAAUCUGACAGCUGAAGAUGAGGGACAAUACACAUGUAAAGUUUACUCUGGACAAGAGUCUGGAGAAACUGUGGUGGAAAUUAAACAUGUUGAGCGUUUAAUAGUGUCAGGAUCAAGUCGCUCCUUUUCUGCAUCUGUGGGUGAUGAUGUCACUCUGAACUGCUCUGUGGACUCUCACAUCAAACCUGAAGAGAUUGAAGAGGUUUCUUGGAAGAAAACAAAUAAAGGCGAACCCAUCACAGUUCUUCUUUAUCAAUACAAUGAAACUUUACCAGACGCAUCAGAUGAGCGAUACAGAGACAGAGUUGAGUUCUUCACUGAUGAAAUCCACAGAGGAAACUUCUCUCUUAGACUGAAGAGAGUCACAACUGAAGAUAAAGGAGUUUACAUCUGUCAAGUGUUUACUGGAGAACUUUCAGCCAACACAACUGUAAAACUGGAGAUACUGGGUUUUUCUACUUUACAUGUAAUAGUGUUGAUUCUCUGUAUUACUGCAUAUGGAUCUGCAGUUAUAAUCUACUCUCUUAUCUACUGUAGAUCACACAAAGAAGACACAAUUCAUCGUCUUCAAAUGGUUCUGGUCUUCUGUCCAAAUCUCAUUAUGUUCUUUGCUUUUAUCUUCUGGGGUUUUUCUGAAGGAUCUGUGAAUGAGACGAUCUGCUGCUGUGCUCUUUAUUUUCUCAGACCUCUCAUGUUACUUUUUGUUGCCCCAUACUUCAAUGAGUUUACAGGAACAGCUGAAGCACUUGUGAAUUGGAGUUUUGAAAUAGACUAUAUUUCUCUCACCACUAUUGUUUAUUCAGUUUAUUUCAAAACUGCCUGGGAGAAAAGUUUGAAUUAUAGUGCUGCUGAUAGACAUAUGAUAUUUGUCCUCUUUGGAAUGGUGUUUCUGUUAUGCAUUAUCUGUAUCACUAUGGUGCUGUCUCAAAUCAUUAGGAAAUUAAGUGAUCCGAUAAUCGCUGUAUUGUAUGUUCUGGCUAAUGUUAUCUUUUAUCUGCAACCUUCAAUACAAUUCGUCCUUCUGUUCUACACGUUUGGAUCAGUCAGAGGAGGUUUCAUAAUUGUUGUAGUUUUACCUUUGAUUACAACAAUGACCAGAUACAAUUGGAAUGAUGUAUGUGGGAAACAGAUUGGCUGUUCACCUUUGUUAAGGAGAUUGGUGUGGUUCAUUUCAAUGUUAUUAGCGGAUGCAGUACUGAUCUCUUUCUAUAUCUUAGCACUGGAAAAUGAGAAAGAUCGUGAUGGAUGGGCCUUUGUGAUCGGAUUUCUACAAGUAUUAUGGACAAUUUGGAUUUGUAUAGUAUCAUUUCAGGAUUGGGGUUACCCCCGCGUCACUGCUGUAUAUGUAUUUGGAUCAGUUGGUGUUGUUUUACUCAACUCUGUUUCUCUGAUGAUUGAACUGAUACUGAAAACGGGUAAUGGCAAAGGUUUAUUUGGGGAUCUGAGAAUCGUUGCGUUUUCCUCUGAAAGUCUCUUUGCUGCAUCUGUGCUGAUGUUACCGCUGUUUUCACCCUGGAUCACAAAUAAUCUGCAGUGUUGUCAGAAUAUACUAAAGCCUAAACAACCUGCACCUCCUGGAUCAGUGCAGAAUCAGUGUUCACAGAAUGUAGGGGGGUCUGAUGAAACUCCAGCUACUGGAUCAAACCAGAACAUAGCAGAAUUUCCAAUGAAUACAAAAACAAGAGGAAGAGAUGAAAAUCAAUCUGAUUCAGUGAGAUCACAAUCAUAAAGAAGAACAGGGCCGGUUCUUCCCCGCUAUAGAAGGGUGGGCUGGCAGAUCUCCUGGGUGUGCAAUUAUAUAUGCAUAUAAUAAGAUUCAUGUAUUUGCACAAAAAUACAUUUAAAACAGUGUUUUUGCAUGGCAUAUUAAAAAGCUGAAAAAGUUUAUGAAUUAUUAUAUAACUGCUUCGUGCAUUAAUAAAAAAAGAUUAUUCAAACUGGGAAUAAUAUAAAGAAACCGACCAAACAACAGUGUUAAAUGUUCAAUUGCUCACUUCUGUAAUCUCUCAAAACCUCUUGUUAUACUAAUAAGUCUGACUUCACUGUACAAUGAAUCUCUUAUUUGCAUAUGCAUGCUGUUGUUUAUGAUAAAAUCACUGAAGGCACGGCACACUAAAUUAGAAAAGCAAAUUUGAAUGCCACUGAUUUGCCAUUAGAUUCAUCAGCUUAACAGGGACAACUGAUUGGUUGUAAUGCUCACUGCUGCAAGUACUGUAUAACGCAUAAGUAAUCUGAUGUAACAUGAACAGAUCUAAAUCUAAUGCUGUCAUGGAUACUUGUGUUCAUUCAUUUUCAAAUUUAAAAAUGACUCCUGUAAAGGGUAAUGUUUGCCCCCUUGUCUUGAAUUUAGGGAGCAUUUUUAUAAAUCUUGGAUGCAUUUUUCGGCCAAAGCGAACCAAUUGUCCAGCAUUAAAUGACUGCAAAAUGUACUCAAAUGUGACUUAUUUCCUAUUGACGUUGCAUUUAAAUUCAGUCAGUAAGAUUCUUCGAUUCAGACAGAAACUGCACCGUGAGUUGUGACUAUUGGGUGAAGAGUGACAUUUCUUUCAGCCAAUAAAGAUAAAAAAAAUUCUGGUGUUAUAUUUGAUUGGUUGGUACAGUCUACAGCCCCUCGUGAAACAUCUCAAGGUAGCCCACCUUAGUUGUUUAUAACUAAUGUUUACAUUUUAUGUCUUGGACUUUAUUCUGAUAGACGUUUUUGACGGCUUAGCCCACCCCUGCUCAUGCCUAUAGCCAGCCCUGAUGAAUAAUGAGAGAAGAUCAUUUUAGAUUAA